CGGGGGCGCGGGGCGGCGGGGGGCGGGCGGGACGCGGGGCGGAGGCGCCUGAGGGAGCGCCGCCCCGGCCGUGCGGUCGCUGGUGUUGUGGAGCUCAGGCCGCGGAGAUGUCGGGCCUCGCGUCAAGGUUUAACGCAUUCAAAAGGACUAAUGUCAUACUGCAACAUUUGAGGCUGUCCGCCCACACGGAUGCGGCCGGGGAGGUGCUGCUGGAAAGGAGGGGCUGCGCGGGGGUGAUCACCCUGAACAGACCCAAGGCCCUCAACGCACUGAACCUGAACAUGAUCCGGCAGAUUUACCCACAGCUCAAGAAGUGGGAACAAGAUCCCCAAACCUUCCUGAUCAUCAUAAAGGGCGCCGGUGGGAAGGCCUUCUGUGCUGGGGGAGACAUCAGAGAAGUUGUAAAGGGAGACCGGAAGAUAAGUCAGGAUUUCUUCAGAGAAGAAUAUGUGCUAAACAAUGCCAUUGAUUCUUGCCAGAAACCAUAUGUUGCAUUUAUUCAUGGAAUUACAAUGGGUGGGGGAGUCGGACUCUCCGUUCACGGGCUGUUCCGAGUGGCUACUGAAAAGUCUCUCUUUGCAAUGCCAGAAACUGCAAUCGGACUGUUCCCUGACGUGGGCGGAGGCUAUUUCUUGCCAAGACUCCCAGGAAGACUUGGUUACUUCCUGGCGUUAACAGGGUUCAGGCUGAAAGGCAGAGAUGUGUACCGAGCGGGCAUCGCUACGCACUUCGUCGAUUCUGAAAAGUUGAGCCUGUUAGAAGAAGAUUUAUUAUCCCUGAAAUCUCCUUCCAAAGAAAAUAUUGCAGAUGUCUUAGAAAGUUAUCAUACAAAGUCCAAGGUUGAUGAGGACAAGGCGUUCGUCCUGGAGGAGCACCUGGGCAGGAUAAACAGUUGCUUCUCCGCCGACAGCGUGGAGCAGAUUAUUGACAAUUUGCAGCAAGAUGGCUCGCCUUUUGCCCUGGAGCAGGUGAAGGUCAUUAACAAAAUGUCUCCGACAUCGCUCAAGAUCACGCUGCGGCAGCUCACGGAGGGGUCCUCCAAGUCCCUGCAGGACGUGCUCACCAUGGAGUACCGGCUGAGCCAAGCUUGUGUGGGCGGCCACGACUUUCCCGAAGGCGUCAGGGCAGUGAUAAUCGACAAAGACCAGAGCCCGCGGUGGGAGCCGGCCCGCCUGGCGGACGUGACCGAGGAGGACGUGAGCCGUCACUUCAGGUCCCUGGGAAGCAACGACCUGCGGUGGUGAAGCGACUGCCCUGGGAGGUGUUGGAGCAGGUGGGCCGCUGCCCGCUCUCCAUGCCUGCGCGCGGGCGGCUUCUGCCGGGCCCAGUGGGGAAGGAGCAGAGCCUGGCAUUUCGUGAGCCGUCCGUGUCCGCAGGUAAAGCGUGCGGGGCACAGCCCCUCGGGGUCACCGCCCAGACGGGCCGCCACGCCUCCGCCAUUUGCAGAAGGCGCUGCCCCCCCUGACUGGGAUGGGGCGUGGGAGGUCUCAGGAUCCGAAUGGAGCGCAUGUCCUGCCAGGCGUUUGUAUGUUGAUUAAGUAAACUUAUGUACAGACGGUCAAAAUAAAACACGGAAUUUUUUGGA